AUGCGGCCGGCGACCGACGUCUCCAAAGUGCAGGAGCGUAGCGAGGAGGACACCGCAGGGGAAACGGCGGCAGCUUUCGUCGAGGCGAACGGUGAGUUAAUGACGCUUUUCUUUCGACACAUUACGGUCUGCCCGCCGCACGGGCCCUUCAAGUACUAUAGCGCCCUCACCUUCACGGCGAGGGUGCGUCGCUGGCUCGUGGCAAAUUCCUCGGAUGCCAACGCCGCGACGAUGAAGGAGCUAACCCCAACGGCGGUUCUUCAACUUAUGGAGAAGUACUACAACACGCAGCAUCUGCGAAGCUGGCCGCUGUUGUAUGUGCCUGCCGAGGUACGUCUGAAGGACGUGGAUGCAAUUCUGGGCGAAGGAAAGUGA